AUGGCUGAAAAGGUCCUGUCAGACUUACCCACCAGAGUCGAGCCAGCAACCCUUCGUACCAUGGCCGAGCCCGCGUUACAAUCACUACGCACCAUAAGCGAACAAGUCGGCAGCACCAUCCGUCCUUAUGUCAUCCCGUUCGCUGUCAUUCUCGCUAUAGUCAUCCCCAUCAAUCUGGCAUUCCAGUCGAACCCCGGUCUGCUCUCCAGCGGCUGGAGCAGUGGCGGAGGCUCGGCAGUGUCGCUUCCGUACCAGCCACCUAGCCUCGGAUGGGCUGCAUUUCUGUUUCCGAGCAUGAGCGGCAUUGAUGCGGCUGUAUGCCGUGCAGAGGAGAAUUACUGGGAGAACCUUGUGCUGCGAAGGAAGGCGUGCAAGGGAACUCUGUACCCGCCACCAGCGUCGAUGACAGAUGUCAUGAUGAAACUUCUCGUGCUUAUCCCCACGUACCCGUGCCCGGCGAACGAGCGCAUUGGGGAGUGGGGGGACGGCGGGAAGUGGACUUGCGUGCUGCCAGGAGCCAUUCAGAAGGACCCUGUCGUAUACAGCAUUGGAAGCUUCGGGCAGUACUCGUUUGAAGACUCUAUCUACAAGCUUCUGCACGUGCAGCCCCACACGUUCGACCCGUUCCUCGUGCCCGCCACCACUGCCCGCAUGCAGAACGUCUCCUGCCUCCACUUCCACCCCAUCGGCCUCUCUGCAAACUCCGAGCUCCAAAACUACACCACCAAGUUCCCUGCUAUGAAGUUUAUGACUCUGGGAGGGAUCAUGGAGCUGCUAAAUCACACCUAUGUGGACAUUUUCAAGAUUGACUGCGAGGGGUGUGAGGAGGCGCUAAUUCCGGAGAUCGGGGCAGCGAAUGGGAAUGCGGCAGCGCAGCUCAGUGUGCACGGGGGGACCUUGCCGUUCGGACAAAUCUUGGUCGAGUUUCACAAAAUGAACCUGCCCCAGGUCACCCUGCCGCUCGUUUACACGUUGGAGAAGCUUGGGUAUCGCAUGUUCAGCAUCGAGUACAACCCGCAGUGCUGGCAUUGCUGUGAGAUGAGCUUCAUUCACGAGAGCCUCGUGCGGCCAGUUAGUGACAUAAAUUGUCGCCCCUUUCUGGCUUCGGAAACGUUUAUAGACAAGAACGAUGCAGUUGCUGUGAUGCAGGAAAAGCUGGGUUUACGAGGUGACUAG